AUGGGUGAUAAUCAUAAAGAGAAUAACAAGAAUAAUGAUACCAUUAACAAUAUAGAACUACAAUUGCCAUCAGUUUCAAAUACUGAAAUAAAAGUUGAAAGUAAUAAUCUUACAACUGAUACAACAACGACUACUGGUACCAACAAUAAUAAUAAUGAUAAUAAUAAUAAUGAUAGUAUUAAUGUAACAACUGAUACACCCACCACAUCUACAACCACAACAAAUAUUGUUGAUGAUAACAAUAUUUAUGAUAAUAUUAAUAAUGAUAAGAAUUUUGAUAUAAAUAAAAGUCAUUUAUAUAUUCUACCAUCAUCAUCGAAUUGGUAUUGUUCGCAGAUAUCCGACUGUAAUAUUAGUGACAGUUUAUAG